UCUACUUUAUAUUAAAUAGCAAAAACUGAAGUUAUCUGCUGUGACCCCAGCGAGGCCAGGUCUUAUCAAUGCUCAGUUAUUCUUGAACGUUCCGAUCGACAACAUGAAUAUACUGUGGUUAAUAGUGUUACUUCAUACUGUGUUUGCUAAAACUAGAAAUAGUUUUGGGUAUUCUUACUUGAAGGACACUAAAUUGUGCCAACCCUGGACAUGCAUCAACAACAAGCUCGGUCUGCCGGACUCCUUGCCUCCGCGAGAUCAGUUCUCUGCUGCCCUCAGACUCCUUCUGCCUCUAGGACCCUGGCAGGACGUGGUGGAGGAUGUCCUGAACGUCUGCUAUGGAGACCGCCCCAGGAUAUACACUAACACUUGUCCUGGACAAGCGCUGUUGCAUUGUACUGUGGAUAACUUGAUCCAGUAUUGUCCAGAUCAAAGCUGGAGGAAAGAUGAUGCGUGUGCGCCGGUAUCCAGCCUCGCCGGUUUGAUGUACAUGUUCCAGCAGAGUCGAUAUGAAAAUCUCGAGAUACACUUGCCUGCAGACAAACGACCGUCCUGGUUCUUGAAAAACUAUUUCAACUCUAAAUGCUGCAAUCUACCUAAUUUGUUCAACUCGUCGCUUCUCAACGAGUGUGGGUUCAAAUCUGUCAUCCUGUACCAUACACAUGAGCCAAGAACUGGUAAUAGCCAUACUCCGGAAGUGACAACGACCACCGCAAGAAACGAUGGUGACGUAGUGAAACUUGUGGAUCUUAAUGCGAUUCGGAGCGGUGGAGACCCUGCAGAUGUAACACCAAAUAAUGACUUAGAUCCUCUCGCGUGUUGCGACCUCUCUGGCUUCAUCGACCCCUCCUGGAGACAAGAAUGCAAUUUCCACGUAACCUGGGACAAGGACACUCGGAUGACGGUACAAACCCCACCAGAACCUGUCACUGUAUCACCGACCACUACUGCCAGACCUGGACAGAUGAGGGAUGUGAAGGUCGUGCCUGAGACGUGCGAGAAACAAUCCUGCGUAUUCAGGAAGCUGAACAUAAUAUCUGACUCAGGAUCUGUUGACAUCGAUGCCUUCUCCAAACUAUUGGAUAACAUGACAAGCGCGCACGCAUCCUGGACUAAGGCUAAAGCUCGAGUCGUGACCAAAUGUCUGAGCAAACCUAUCACAGAUUACGUUGAAGAUUGCGAGAUUAAUAAAGUGUUGGCAUGCACCUUUGAUGUUCUUUCUGAGAACUGUCCACAUAGUCCAAAGCAUGAUAUUUGCAAGCACUCAAGCUCAAUACGAAAUGAUACAAUGUGCCAGAUAAGUGCUUCGAAGUUUCGACCAAAACACCGCAGACAGUACUGCGGUCUACCCAACCUGGUUAACCCUGAAGUAUUGGCUGAGUGUGGAAUGAACUCUAUCACUCGCAUGGAGUAUGUCCCAGACCCCGUCACUAGCCGGCCUAAGACGCACUGGUGGAGUAAAGCCAGUCAUUCAUGCAAGACCAUGACGGAUUCAACCAAGUGUUUGUUGAACAAGAUGGGUGUGCUUAACAAAUAUGGUUUCUUAGAUUAUUUCAAGAUGAAAGACAGUAUCCGCAAGUUUACAUCGGAACAUAGUUGGGCAACACUUACCGAGGCGUAUUUGACCUUUUUUAUUGCUACCCCAUGUACCAAGACCAGUGUAACACUCCUAAGAAGUUUUUGAACGUCGUUGAUGCUA